AUGGAACUAUGUGCUUGGGAGGACCCCCUCAUCGUCGCCGCAGUUAACGGAAACACCAAAGAACUCGAAGAGCUUCUCGACACCGGAAGAAGCGUAGAUGCUCGAGACCUACAAAAUGGGCGGACACUGCUAAUUUGGGCCACAUUGGGAGGACACAACGAUGCCGUUGAUCUUCUCCUCAACCGAAGUGUAAAUAUCCGCUCGCAAGAUCUCAGAAACCGAACGGCCUUGUUACACGCCGUGGCAAAUGGCCACGAGGCUAUUGCCGGGAGCCUGAUCACAGCAGGCGCUAACAUAGAGGCCAUUGAUGAACCGGGCUACACAGCACUGAUCCUUGCUACCAUCUCUGGGUUUUCUAACCUCGUGGAGAGGCUGCUGAGGUUGGGAGCAAGCGUUGAUACUAAAGAAUGGCGCCACGAGAAGAAUGCGCUCAUAUACGCGGCAGAGCACGGGUCCGAAACGUGCGUGGAGUUGCUGUUGAACGCCGGUGCAGAGGUGGAUUCUGUGGACAAGAGCGGUCGAACCUCUCUAUCGUGGGCAGCCGGGCAUGGCCAUGCAAAUAUCGUCAAUCUUCUGUUGCAGAAAGGCGCGAACCCAAAGAUAAAAGACAAUGAUUUAGAGCGGACACCAUUUCUGUGGUCCAUUAAAAACGAGCAAACCGCCGAUGACAUCAAAUUCCUCAUUGAGCAAGGGGCAGACGUGAACGAGAAGACGCAAGAUGGAACUUCGGUCAUUUUUCAGGCCUGCUGGAGUGGAUAUGAUAAAGUCGUCUCGCUGCUGAUCGAGGAAGGUGUCGAUCCGAACGUUGCGGAUAAAGACGGCCGUACGCCUCUCGCUUCAGCCGCCGGAGCAGGACACAAGGAAAUCGUGCAGAAUCUCCUGGACCAUGGUGUCGACAUCGACCCAGUAGACGAUUGGGAGAUGACGCCUAUGCUGGAGGCAGCUUGUUGUGAACGCAGCGAGAUUGUUCUCAUGUUGCUCGAGAAGGGUGCUGACCCCAACGCUGAGAGCAUAAACUCCGAGACUGCGUUGUCGUUCGCCAGCGAGGUCGGCGACUUGGGUUUUGUAUGUGCUUUGGUGAACAAAGGAGCUCUGCCGGACAAGGGCCUGGGAUGUUCAGCAUUGAUGCAUGCCGUUGUCAACAACGACAUGGACAUGGUCAAAUUUCUUGUGGAACAUGGGGCCACGUCUUACUCUGACUCCUACAACGAUUGUGAACACCCACCUCUGGUACUGGCGGCAUCACACGGCAAAACCAAGAUUAUGAAGGUCUUCCUCGACAUGAGUUCUGACAACCCCAAAACAAAAAUACACCAGAUCUGGAGAGCACUCGUUGAGGCUUCUGUUGAAGACGAAGUCGCAGCGGUCAAGUUGCUUCUUAAGUAUAAGCCAUUUGACGGCAUGGAUGAACCGGAUGAUCAGCCAAUGAUUUACGCUAAGAUGCAAAACAAUCACACAGUCGUACGUCUGCUAGAGCCUUAUUAUUCUGCUAAGCGCCUCGAGCUUAUAUCUGACGUUUCUGACAACAAUUCUAAUGAGCCGGUGGAUAGUUCAGACGAUUUAGAUAAAGACUACGAGGUAAAAAUAGAGUAG